UUCCCAUCAUCUCCACUUCUCUGCAUAUAAAUGCAUCACAUUAAGGCGUAAGAGCCCUUCAUCAUAAGGACGGUACCAUCGUCAACAUUUUCCAAUCCUUAACCUCCAUUUCCACGAAGGGAGAUCAAACAUAAUAGUAUAACAUAAUGCCGCAUUUGCUGCACGGGAGGCUCGAUGUGAUCAUAUACGAGGUCGACACACUACCAACUCUCAACGACUGCAAUCUUAACCUCUGCAGCAAGGGUACAAGUAGAAGCGUGGGGAAGAGAUUUCUUUCCCAACUCAAGAGUUGUUUUCUCUGUCAAUGCCAAUGCCAGCCAGAGUUUGUGGAGACGGGUCUCUAUGCAACAAUUGAUUUAGAUAAGGCAAGGGUUGGAAGGACUAAAUUGUUAAAUGAUCAAUCCUCCAACCCCACGUGGGACGAGACCUUUCACGUAUACUGUGCCCAUUUGAUCUCCCAUGUUAUAUUCACUGUCAAACAAAAAGAUCCAAUUGAUGCAACUCUAAUUGGAAGAGCUUAUGUCCCAGUUGAGCAAGUUGUGAAUGGCAACAUAGUGGACGAAUGGGUCCAAAUUUUAGACGAGGAUCAUAACCCUAUACCAAGUGAGUCUAAAAUCCAUGUCAAAAUGCAAUUCUCUAGUGUUAGGAAUGACAUAAACUGGUCUCAAGGAAUAAGGAGUCCAAGGUUUCAAGGAGUUCCUCACACCUUCUUUAGUCAAAAAAAUGGUUGCAAAGUUACUUUGUACCAAGAUGCUCAUGUCUCAGAUGGUUUUGUGCCAUGGAUCCCCUUGUCAGGAGGAAAACCUUAUGAGCAUAGGAAAUGUUGGGAGGAUAUUUAUAAUGCCAUUAUGGAUGCUAGGAACUUUAUUUAUAUAACUGGUUGGUCUGUGUACAGUGAAAUAACCUUGAUUAGGGACCCAAUGAAGCCUACAACAAGAAUCACCCUUGGGGAACUGCUCAAGAUGAAAGCUGAGGAAGGUGUCAAGGUUCUUAUGCUUGUUUGGGAUGACAGAACCUCUGUGCCAGAUUUCAAGAAAGAUGGCUUGAUGGCAACUCAUGAUCAAGAAACUGCUGAUUACUUCAAAAACACAAAGGUGAAAUGUGUUUUGUGUCCACGGAACCCAGAUGAUGGGAAAAGCAUAGUGCAAGGUUUUGAAACUUCAACAAUGUUCACUCAUCACCAAAAGACUAUAGUUGUUGACACCCAAGUUGCUAUGGGACAACAAGGACAAAAGAGAACAAUAGUAAGCUUUGUAGGUGGCAUUGAUCUUUGUGAUGGGAGAUAUGAUACUCAGGAACAUCCUCUAUUUUCAACUUUGGACACAGUGCAUAAAGAUGAUUUCCAUCAGCCAAAUUUCCCUGGUGCUUCCAUCAAGAAAGGUGGUCCAAGAGAGCCAUGGCAUGACAUUCAUUGCAAGUUAGAAGGGUCUGUUGCUUGGGAUGUUUUGUACAAUUUUCAACAAAGGUGGGAGAAGCAGGUUGGAAAUCAGCUCCUAUUCUCUUCAAGCAAGCUUGAUGAGUACUUUGUCCCUCGAUCCACGGUGGUGACAACAAAUGAAAAUGAGACAUGGAAUGUUCAGUUGUUCAGAUCCAUUGAUGGUGGUGCUGCUUCUGGCUUUCCCCCUGACCCAGAAGAAGCGGCUGAGUUAGGCCUCGUUAGUGGAAAAGAUAACAUCAUUGAUAGAAGCAUUCAAGAUGCUUAUAUAAGCGCUAUUCGGCGAGCCAAAAACUUUAUCUACAUUGAAAACCAGUAUUUCCUAGGGAGUUCAUAUGGUUGGCAAGCAUCUGAUAUUGUGGUUGAGGAUAUUGGUGCUUUGCAUCUUAUACCAAAGGAGCUGUCAUUGAAGAUUGUUAGCAAGAUUGAAGCAGGGGAGAGGUUUUCAGUGUAUGUUGUUAUACCAAUGUGGCCAGAAGGCAUACCUGAGAGUGGUUCAGUUCAGGCAAUAUUAGACUGGCAAAGGAGAACAAUGGAGAUGAUGUAUGCUGAUAUAGCCAAAGCCAUUCAGAGAAAAAGAAUUCAAGCCAAUCCAAGGGACUACUUGACCUUUUUCUGCCUUGGAAACCGUGAGGGUAAGAAGGAUAUGGAAUAUACUCCUACUGAGGCACCAGAGCCUGAUACUGAUUAUGCUAGAGCACAAAAGGCUAGGCGAUUCAUGAUCUAUGUUCAUGCCAAGAUGAUGAUAGUUGAUGAUGAAUACAUUAUAAUUGGAUCUGCCAACAUAAACCAGAGAUCAAUGGAUGGAGAAAGAGACACUGAGAUUGCAAUGGGUGCAUUCCAACCACGUCAUAUAGCAUAUAAUGGGGCACCCAGAGGACAAAUAUAUGGAUUUAGGCGUGCACUAUGGUGUGAGCACCUUGGGGAUCAUGGGGAUACAAACAUCUUCGACAAUCCAGAAAGUGUGGACUGCAUCAGGCUUGUGAAUCAUCUUGCUGAAACCAAUUGGGACAUAUACUCUAAGGAAACUUUUGAUGAGUAUAGAGAAUUUCACCACCUCAUGCGCUACCCCAUAGAAGUAACCAACAAUGGAGCAAUAACGAUCCUUCAAGGGCUAGAACAUUUUCCUGACACCAAGGCUAAGAUUUUGGGCUCCCAAUCAGUUUACCUUCGUCCAAUUCUCACCACCUAGAUUGUAUUGUACAUGUGAAGGAAACUAUCCCAUCUUACCAAGAGAUAAAAAGUUUAAAAUGUCAAACCAUGUAAUUUCUUGUUGCGAAGAGGGUGGUGAAAAUUUGAAUGUAUAUUCAUACAAAUAAUUGCUAUUACCAUUUGUACAAUAAUAAAUGUAACGUCUUGUUUCUAA